CAGUUUAAAUAAUAGUGCGACUCGAAUAAAUACACUUAUUAAAAUAGGUCGGCAUUUCUACUUAACUUUGUAUUUUAAAAUAAGAAUCAAAUCCGGACUCUAAUAUGUGGGUGCAUUUAAUUUAAUGUAGUUUAGUCCCUUGGGGAAUAUUUCAAUCCCGAGACUUGGGCACACUGGCAAUUUGUUAUUAACAAAAAUAUUGAAUAAUAAUAAAAACAAUGCCUAAUACUUCGGACGGCGACGGCGAAUUGCCCCCUGUAAAAAGAGAGGGUCGCCAGCGACGGAAACCCACUAUUUGGAGCCGAGAAAAGAUAUCAAAGCUCAUUGAGCUGUACCGUGACUCGGAUUGUUUAUGGAAUCACUUUUCGGAGCUGUAUAAAAAUAAGGACUGUCGCGCGAAGGCCAUCGCACACAUCUGCACCACGCUCGGGAUUACAAAGAACGAUUACGGAAAGAAGGUGCACAACCUGCGCAACCAAUUCAACUCCGAGCUGAAGAAGUUGGAGCGUCGCCUGGAGGAAUCCGGUGGCUCCAGUUCCAGUCAGCUGCCCGAGAAAACCUGCCGCUGGGAGCACUUCAAAACGCUGAUGUUCCUCCGUUCCGUGAUUGAACCCAGGCCAGGAUAUCAGCAGAGUUCACAGUGCAAGAAAAUAGCUAAGCUGGACUACAGCUACACAGACCGCGACGAAGAUGUGGAAAAACCCACCCAAUCUUCAGUUGAAAGCUUGGAAUCAAUAUUUAUAGAGGCUGUCAUUGAAAGCGAAGAGAUAGAAAAGGUCGACGAACCGAAACCGAUGCCCAUGCCUGCUCUGUCCGCCCUUGCGACGCCUUCCCCUGUUCCGAGUCGCCUGGCAGAGCCACCUGCUGUGGCCACAUCCGCCACCGCCCCAGUCCGGGAUCAGUGGGAUGCUUUUGGAGAGCUAAUCGCCUGUGAGUUUCGCAAUCUUAACUCUGAGCUCUCUCGCAAGCGUCUGAAACGGAAAAUAAUGCAAGUUAUGCUGGAGAUCGGCGAGGAAGAUGAUCUGGAGUGUCCCGGUCCAAACAGUUGAUGAAUAAUAGAAUAAUAGAAUAUUUUAUAUGUACAUGUUAUUACAUUUACAACGUUCGAAUUUAAAUAUUAAAAUAAGAUAGAGACACA